GUUCGUGCCAGAGUUGUAUGUGUCAUCGUGAUCACUAUGAAAGGGAAAAAUCGUCAAAUCCGACGCAGCCGUAUAAAAAACUGACGUAUCUGUGAUAAAUUUUCGAUAGAUUCUAAUAGAAACUUUCCUCCUCAGUCGUUCAAGGGUGCUAACAGAUCCGAAACGCGUUAGAUAACGUCAAAUAGCUGGGCUCUAAUGUGGCCGCGACGUAACAUGGCCGCCUGAAUGAACCCGAGUAUAGUGUCUUUUGUCGUGUGAGAUUCUGUAUUGAAGUCACGAUGGAGUUGAGAGUGGGCAACAAAUAUAGGCUGGGUCGUAAAAUAGGCUCAGGUUCCUUCGGGGAUAUAUAUCUAGGAACUAACAUUUCAACAGGGGAAGAGGUCGCUAUCAAACUAGAAUGUGUGAAGACAAGGCAUCCUCAGUUACACAUAGAAUCAAAAUUUUACAGAAUGAUGCAGGGAGGAGUGGGCAUACCUCAAGUGAAAUGGUGCGCCUCGGAAGGAGACUACAACGUGAUGGUGAUGGAGUUACUGGGGCCGUCCUUGGAGGAUCUAUUCAACUUUUGCUCUAGACGAUUCUCCCUAAAGACGGUCUUGCUAUUGGCCGAUCAGCUGAUCUCACGUACUGACUUCAUACAUUCAAGAAAUUUUAUACACAGGGAUAUAAAACCAGACAACUUCUUGAUGGGACUAGGAAAGAAAGGCAACCUUGUAUAUAUUAUAGACUUUGGUUUAGCAAAGAAAUAUAGGGAUGGGAAAACACAUCAACACAUACCCUAUAAAGAAAACAAAAAUCUGACAGGCACGGCUAGGUACGCAAGUAUAAACACGCAUUUAGGCAUAGAACAGUCCAGGCGAGACGAUCUGGAAUCCUUAGGUUAUGUAUUAAUGUACUUUAACAGAGGUAGCCUGCCUUGGCAAGGUCUCAAAGCAGCCACCAAGCGGCAAAAGUAUGAACGAAUCUCGGAAAAGAAGAUGUCCACGCCAAUUGAGGAACUGUGUAAGGGUUAUCCAGUAGAAUUUCCCACGUAUCUGAACUACUGUCGACAGUUGAAAUUUGAAGAGAGGCCUGACUAUAGUUACUUGAGGCAACUAUUUAGAACGCUAUUUCAUAGACAGGGAUUUACUUAUGACUAUGUUUUUGACUGGAAUAUGCUCAAAUUUGGUGGUUCGCGCGGUGGUCACUGCGAGGACAACAACGCGGGCGGCGCGAAUGCCACCGCUGGCGGCGGCCGUGGCAAUGCAGCUGGGGGUGGCCGGUACCACGCCAUUACCGGAGGGGGCGGCGAACAGCAGGGGCAACCAAGAAGCAGGAGGCCGCCCCCACCGCAACAACAACACGACGGCCGAUUGGUGGACGGUGGAGGCGGCACUGGAGGGGGAGGCGGCCAACAGCAGCUAGGACAGGUGCAAGGAGGCGGCGCAACCGGUGUUGCCGGGAAUGAUGACUGCAUCAACACUAAUUCUCCUAGAAUGUACGACAGUCACGAAAGGCGAGUUUCAAUGCGCCUGAGGGCUGGCCAAGGUGCUCCCAAUGCCUCAACCUCCGACCUCAGUACCUCUAAGCAAGCCAAUUCCCGUUUUCACUUCGCCAACAUCACCGCCGGUAACACCUCCACCGCUGCCGCUGCUGCUGCCGCCGCUGCUGCCACAUCUGUCACCAAUUACCAUCAUCAUCACCAUUACCCUUCAAAUUAACAAACACACACCACCACCGAUCGAUAAUCGAAACUUCACGAUGUUAUCCGAUCGUGCCAUACUGACUGUCUCAUCGGCGUAUGCGGUGAAUUGUUUUGAACGCUACCUUACCAUCUUUAACCUCGUCCUUGAUCCUUUGAAAUACUAUAUUUUUUUCGACCUCUUCGAUCCACGGCACCAUCUACAUCCGUUUACUUCGUCAAACUGCCAAAUAACUACUUCAUACAACUAUCUCUACCUCUAAACCUUUACCUUUUUAUUCCAAACCAUGUUGUAUCUUUCAUUUAACUACCCGGUUAUCUCUAUUCAUCUAAAUUUUUUUUACCCUGAUAACUUGGUAGUUUUAGAUUUCGCCGAUAAACUAUAUUAUUAUGAUCGAGCUCAACUUAUUCUGGACGCUUUAUUUCUGUGCUGAUCAGUAUAUUUCAGCAUUUUCGUUUUGUGCUCCAUGCACAAGGGCUAUUGUUUUGUUCUGCGAGUAGUUUCAAUCCGAAAGCAGAUGCAGGUUUUUUUUUGUAGAUAUUGUUAGUGAUAUUAGAAAUGUUGUUUACAUUUUUUGCACAUAACUUUAACGAGACGGGUAUAUCCGUUACCACCGAGAGUACAAGGUCUGACAACAGACGCGUGACGUCACCACGAGUAGGCCGGUCGGCCGGCCGACAGCACGGCGUGCCGUACAUCAGCGCUAGUGAAUAAUAUAUUAUUAUUGCAGCAUAUUUAAUAUACUCUACCUGAUGUAAAUAACGGAUAAUUCAGAAAAGUAUUUUUGGUAUAUGAAGGCAACUUGUUGGAAAAUGUUAAAGUAGUUAUUAACUAUUUUCACCCUGAUUUUCACCGAUAUUUCAUCCACCAUUACGUGCACAUUAGAGUAAUAAGUUGAUGUUAUAAAAGCUUGCUAAAAAUGAUAAAUUCUUCAAUGAAUAACCGCAUGUUAGUCACAACCGGUCAACAAAAUUUCACAGGAAUAUGUGGACAAUUUACUAUUAUUAUAGGCAUAAUAUAAUGGUACUUGAAAAUUAUAUAAAAAAUGUAGUGCUUGUUGAACAGUUGUGUUCUUUGCAUAGCCUAGAAAGUUAACAUAUAUCUCACAUCGGGAACUGGAUCGACCAUCAAUGUAUUAUUGACUUCAGAGUAUUUUGGUGUGGUAAAAUAUGGUUCCUAAUAAAUCUAUAUGAAUGUGGACUGAUUGUAUACAACAUAGAGCAAAACACUAUUGUUUCUGAUGAGUACCUGUGUCUGUUCUUCGGACUAAUAAGAAGCUUUAGUUGCUCACAAAUAAAUUGAAUGACAGUGAGGGUUUCUUCAUCGGUGAAUAGUUCUGUGCUAUUUAAAAUAUUGUGGCUCUGAACUGGUCUUUACCUUAAUAUUCCCUCAAAGCAUCUACAUUCUCAGAAAGAACAUUCAGAACAUCAUCAAGUGGUGUAUACUAGAUAAUAAAAAUGGAUUUUUAAUAUUACCUGAGUUGAGUAACAAUUCUUGGGAGUACAUAUACGUUUUUACAUUGAGAUCUUUAUCAAUAAAACUACAGAGUGAGUUAUGAUGGGUGCAGGUUUAUAUUCUAACUUAAACAAAGUAACUAUACUGAACAAUUUUAUGCCACCCAUAUGGACAUUGCCAUGAACUGAAAACUGUGAGAAAGUCUGAAUAAUUUUGAAAACUUGUUGAUUUUUGAUAGGAAGAAUAAUCAUCAAUGCUACUUUGCAGUGCUUUAAGUAGUUAUUCUUGUUCCUUGUCCCUCAAUUUCUCAACUCCGCUUCUUCUGUUUGAUAUGUCCUUUGAAAGGUAUCUUGGACAAUUUGCAAAGAUACUUGGAAUUACAUCUGCCUUCAAUUUUGGAUACUUAAGGGGUACAGUAAUGGUCCUACCUGUCUUUUCAUCAUGGAAGAUGGAUUCCCAAAUGAUGCUGUCCUCAGCAAAGUGCAAAUUGCAUACUCUGGUGUUUUUGUGACCACUAAAUCACUACGAGGGAUUGCAUUGAGCCAUCUUUUACGACAGUUUUCAUUCCAUGGAACCGAAAAUACGUGUACCUUUGGACCCUUCCCGUAAUUGCCGGUAGAAUUAGGAACGCAGCCCUUGUAAGACAUUUUGAAAACUUAGCUAAACAAUCGCGAGACACAAAUAUAAGUUUAAAACAUCAGUAAUUUACAGUUUACGUAGCAUAGAAGGAUACAUAAUAGAGGCUCAGAAUUUGAGGUUAGUUUGCUGUUGGACUUUAGCGGUGUUACCAAGGUUGCCACAUAUUCCAAUUUUGAAUGGAAUAUUGGACUUCACAAGUGACAGAUUGAACGUAAUAUCGAAAAUGUAUUCUUGACAUACUGAGGCAGAUCAGAAAGAAUAAUCACAUCAUCACUGAAGCUGCGUACAUCUUGCAAAUUCGCCCACAGAGAGGUACAACUAAUUAGUAGAGAUUUCGAUACUGCUAUAUCAAAUCUAGAUAUGACAACACCGCAGAGAAAUGGUGGCGCUGCUCUCUUGCCAGCCAACAUCGUGAAACUCCAUAAAAACAUCCAUAGGCCUACUCUGCGUGACGUCACAGGCUUUUCACAGCCCAGUUGUUUGGCCUUGGACUUUCGGUGGUAUCGGUAUAUCUCUUAAUGGUUGGAAAACUACUAUAAGAAUUGGUCAUUCCUGGGGAUUCGUGAAAUUAAAGCAAUUUUAAACUGAUAUUUUGAAUAAUUAGCGAAGCUCGAUUGCAAUUUUUUGCUGUCUAACCGACCUUCCAUAGUUACUUCAGUUAUGUUUGUACGCUACAGUUUCGUAUUAGAAUUGUUUGGCAGGGUGUUUUGAGGCUGCUUUCUCGUUGAUCCUCAUUGUGUGUUAAUAUUUAUCUACCGCAAAUCUCGCUGGCGUCACCUCGAUCUCUACGCGAUCAUGCUUCAAAAAUGCAACGAAAUUCAUAUUUUAAAGACAAAGAGUUUUGUUUCUGGGUCUAUCCAGAAUAAUCAUCUUAUCAUCAUCAUCAACAGCACCUUCUUCAAUCCUUAUUUCCCUAUAUUGACUAUAUUUAUUCCACCCGAUCCCACGUAAGCGAUCGAAUCCCUCACACCGCAUCCGCAUUUACCACCAAUCACGCCGCGUCCCCGCGUGCGUUGGUUCCGCCCAACCUAUGUGUGAUUUUUCUGUUGUUCUGGAAGCGCCUCCGUAGCGGCGAUGGCACCUCCCGCACCUAGGAGGGGUAGCGCAUCCAAGGACACGCCCCCUCCCAUUCCAUCGCAAGGGCAGCCGAACACUGCCAUUGGUCGGAUGAAAAAAUAGGAGCCGACGAAAGUGAAAGGCGGGAGGGGCUUUAUUGAUGGUGAAUGUGUGACCACAUUUUAUGACGGCUGUUGUAUGGUGUUUGUGAGAGUAUUGAAAAGGUGGCUCUGUAGUGAUUUUCAAUGUAUGAAAGCUGCAUUUGAUCUUUAAAUUCUGAGGAAUUGUUACAUAUUGACGAAAGAAAAAACUUCCUUUGUUUACCGGCACUAAGUCGACGUCAAACCGGAACCGGGGAAAAGUCAUAAUAGUUAUCAGAAUAAUAUAAAAAAACGUGUACUUUUUUAAUUAUAGGCUAUAUCCUGUGAUUUUUUAAUUCCCGUUACUGGAAAAAUUCAUUUUUUUGCCAAUCGUGUAAGUUGUGUAGAUUCAUGUAACCAUCUUUUUCAAAUGUCUACUCAUCAGUCCAUAAAAUUUUUUCAGAAAAUCGCGGAUCUUAUCGAUAUGUAACAUUAUUUGAAAAACUCAACUCUUGGCAGACAAACCCAGUGUGGUAGAUACUGUACUAGCUGUACGUGAUACGGGUGGAUCUCGUUCGUUUGCAAUAUUCGGUGCACAUUCACUAAAGCUCUGUGGUCCGGAUGACGAACAGCAUUUGAGGACUUCUCACGAGAAAGCCUAGCUGCAGCACUAGCAUUGCAUUACAUUUCCUAUAAUUGUUGACGUAUUGCUGUACGGUGUUCACAAACGUAUCUGUCACUGCGUAGAAUGACACUGUCCGUCCCUCUGUCUAAGACAAAGAUGAAAUUUGUAGUGAUGGCAGAAGUACACGACUUUUUUUAAAUUUUCUAAUAACUACAUACUUUGACUUGGCCUAUCCCCCGUUUCCUGCUUGACGUCGACUUCUGGGUACACCCUGUAUAGUUCAUUUGAAAUGGACUUUGUUGGAUAUUUGAACGUACAAAUGCUGUAAGAAUAUCUGGUUCAUUAAAUUGCACACAAAGGAAAAAUUAUAUUCGCCAAACAAGUCUGGAGUGACCAUAUGUCUAUACGUUUUCUCCAAGUGUACAGGAAAAGCGAGAAGAAUAUGGACUGUAUGAUACGACGUUGUGAAAUUUGAGUUGAAAAAAUUGUUCGGCAAUUGGCAUCUUGACAAAGCGUUUACAUCUGACAUAGUCAGACUCAUAGUCUGGCGUAUCUAGAAAAAAGUUGGGGACUUACGGGCAGAUCCAGCGUUUGAGUGAGGGGGGUCACUUAGUCACACUGUAUCAUAUAAGGAAAAACGUGUUAGGCCUUUGGGGUUAUGGGGGGUGGGGGGGCUUGAGCUCCAAAGCCCCCAUCCCUUUCUGAAGAGUAUUCAGUAGUGUUACUGGCGUCGAUUGCCAAAAAUGCUAAGAUAGACACGGUGAGGAAAGCAUUGGGGUAGAUCUGACAACCGCUGUUGUAUCCUGCCAAAAAAAAAUAACAAACUGAUUACUAGAUAUUCAGCUGUUAUCUGCAGUCACGUUUGACGUAAUGAACAAUCUUGGAAAAUAGUAAUAUUGUACUGUACACUCUGAUCUUUAAAUUUCGUAUUUUCCCAUUUAACAACAAAUGGAGUUAGCAGUAAACAAAGAUAAGUACUCCAAACUAUUUCACUUGCACAAACAAUUUAGUUCAAUUUCAAAGAAUUUUAAGCUAUCAUCAUACACAAUAUCUUACAGUUCAAACACCUAUAUUGCUGUGGCUAGACUUUGGUUAUUUUUAUUAGGUUGCAAAGUCAAGAAAAAUGUAGAGAUGAAAAAAGUUCAAUAUACCAUAGAAGAAACCGUACUACUCAAGCUUUUGAAUCUGAACCCAAUGAUGGUAAUAGUUGUUUUUAACCACUGUUUCCUAUUCAUAGUUGAGAUGAAUGUAUAUACUAGGAAAUAUGCAAUUAAUUGUUUUUUAUUCAUCCCUACAUCUUCCUUUAUCAAUUUUGUUGCUCGAUGAGUGAUAUGGUUAUAUACAGUUUGUAAAAAUGUGAUUUUGUUAAGUUUUCCUUCUUUUAGCCUGUUGUAUAACUAACUUUUAAGCAGCUCGACGAUAAGUUUGUAUCGUCUACAACUUGUACAUUAAGUCAUGAGUGAAUAUUUCUUCCAGGACGGAAUUUAUACAAAAUGUUCCGUUUUGCAUGUGAAGCUUUUUAAUUAUCAUUUAUAUUAUGAACGUCAAAUUAUCCCAUUUCAAUAUGUGCGUGAUAAAGUCUAAAUGUUUGUGCUGAAAAUCAGUAGUCGGUGAGGUCUACUGUAAAAGGGUAUAUGCUAAACGGAUCAUUAAGUUUAUUCAAAAAUGUGCAAUUGAAUGAAUGUUAAAAAUAAUGUUUUUCCUUCAUUAUGAUGAACAGAAAAAAUGUGCAACGACAGGACUAUUAGUAAAAUAAUUGUUAGAAGAUGGAAUAUAAAAUAAGACAAAAAACAAGACUAUUGAUAUACAACUACAUGUAGAUAUAAUUAUGACGAUUUUUUUGUUUAUUGGACGAACCUAUUUGUAAAUAUCUAGACUGACUUUGUGUAAUUUUUUUGUAUAGAAUAUAUAAGGUAACCUCGUCUCACCCCAAUUUGUGGACAACUUUUCUAUAUAAAAAUAUAUGUGAAUACGAUAGGUAGUGUUAACCGAUUAUUUCUCCACAUUUUUGUAUCCAAGUUCUACAAAUUCAAAUGGAAUCUGCUUCGAAAACUCCAAAUGUUUUCAGUUAUUGGUGACAAAACGUCUUCGGUAAAAUUAUAGUUUUCAUGAUACUGAUUUUUUCUCGAAAUUUGUUGCUCGUCUAUUCAGCUAUUCUUAAAAUAACUUGUUUAAGCUCGAUUGUUUAAAAAUGUUCAAUAUUAAUGCUUCAUCACAAUGUCUGUUUUUCUUUCUCAAAAACGGUUCUAAGAUUUUAACAAAAAUCUACUCACACGGUAAUUUGACAUCGAGUAAAACAAUCUACAGUGCCAAUUUGAAAAAUUAUUGAAUUAGGAGUUUUCGCGUGGAUUCUUUCUAUUAAAAAAUAAACUGAAUGUUAGUGAAAUGAUUUCAUUAUAAAUAUCCAGGAGUAAAGUUGAAUAUUGGCGUCUUAAUUUUAUGGGUAUUUUUUAUAAAUAAAUAUUGUCCAUUACUGGAUCAAAAAGACUAAAGUUUAUUUUGUUUAGAACCAUCAUCUAGAAGAGUACUAACAGUUGUCGUUGAAGCUAUAUGAAUAAUGUAUUAUUUUAUUAUACAACCUAGUAGCACAACACAUGAAAGUGGCACAAAACCAAAGACGGUCGCUGGCGUUACAUUUUCCUUUGCGUCGUAUUUUCCAGAUUAGACUGUAUCGUUGGUGAUCGAUAAAAUAAAAAUUGUCUACCACUUUUCGAGGUAUUAUAAAGAAACAGGCAAAGAAGUGGGGUGGCGAUUUGAAAUAUGCCGUGGUCUUAUUUUGAUUAUAGUUUAUUAUUAUUCACUGAAAGGCAUGGCAUUGUUGUCUCGCCAUUGUAUAUUUGCCACGAGCCAGUAGAGUCACAUGAUUUGAUUUGUUUGAUGUUUGAAGACGUUGUGGAUAUUUGAGAUGUUGUUUCUUCCAUUGUCUAUAAAGUUUUUUGUUUCACGACGUUUCGACUGAUGUGAUCUUCAAUUGUCAUCAGGUCAGCUGGCGACCAUGCUUCUUUCUCGACUAUUUAUACGGCUUGAUGACAUGGCUGGUGGUUGGUUUUCCUCGUUCCGAUUGGUUAAAACAAAAAUACCCUGUAUAGUAAUCAAUAAAAAUGCUUACAGUGAUCCAUGUGUUGAAAUUAAACCGGUAUGACAACCAAUCGUCAAGACACAACUAUAACUCGACAAACCGGAACGAGGAUCACGUCACAAGCAACCACCAGCCACGUCAUUAAACGGUAUAAAUAGUAAAAAAAUAGCAUGUUCGCCAGUUCAUCUGAUGACGAUUGAAGAUCACAAUAAUCGAAACGUCGUAAAACAAAAAACUGUAUAUCCCAUGAUUUGAUUUGCAUUUCCUGGCUGCUUUAAUCCUGCGAAUCCAUCGCGAUUGUAGCGUUCAUUUCAGCCAUUCUUUCGUUUUAUGAAAGCUCAUUGUUCAGUCAAGACAUGAAUGAAUUACAAACAUUCAGUGGGGACUGAUGACUAGCCAAUUAGACACGCAAAAAUUAGUGCUGAAGUGACAAAUUGUCCCACUAACUGUCAAAUAUCCCUGGUAAAAAUAUGCAGGUAUUACUUUUCAGUUUUAUUUUCUAACCACUUUUCUGACAAAAAAACGCUCGCGUAUGGGCUCCAGAUGGAAAAUAAAAAGGUAAAUCUUUCCACUCAAACUUCGUUAUGGAAAUCAGUCUUUUACCCCGAAUAUUUGAAAGUUAGUGGUAAAAUUGGUCACUUAACAACUAGUUUGUGCGAGUCUGGUUAGCAAGUCAACAACCAUCACGGAAUGUUUGUCUUUAAUUUCUCUCGUGACGGAACAACAAGCGUUUAUUUAUCAGACUAUAGCGCUACUCGGACCAUGACUAAAAUCGGCAUAGUGAUCAUCAUGUUAGUGAUGGAUCGAGAAGCGCUAUGUGCUCUGAAGAACGGGUUACCAAUCUUACAUUGACCAUUGUUAUAUAUUGUCGCAUUUCCGUUAUGUAGACAGAUGUGUAAGGGGGUGUCAUACUAUAAACUGACCCUUUUAACUUUUUUCUGUGACCUUCCAGAAAAAGUUUUAUGUAAGUUAUAGAGUGUAACUUGAAGUUUUUCAUGUGAUAUAUUUUUGUCACGCCACUUGAGGUAGGGAAGGCUAUCAUAUAAGAAAAAUCGGAAAACUGACCUCCAACUGCAUCACUUGUUUCAAUUUCAGCUCAUUUGUUGUUGUGCGUAAAUGUUUUAAACUAAUAUGACGCUACAUUGCAGCUUCAACUGACAAUUGUUAUGUUAGCUGAUACAGAUAUUUCUUUAAUUGUUGCGUAUUUGUGUAUGUAAUGUUAGUCUAUUUAGGCACAUUUUUUAUUGCAAAACGAUCAACUACGCUGCAAAGCAGGAAUGUUAUUUUUUAUAAGAAAUAAUCUAUAACUGCUUGCUUUGGUAACAUCUACAAGCAUUGUCACUAGAAAAUAUUCAAGACGAAAUCUACGUGGGAAUUGAGACAAAAUAGUUUUUUGUUCGGAAUUUCAUGAAGCACCAAUUCGGCACUAAGAUGGCAAAUAUGGCAUGAAUGAUUUUUCAAUUUCGUUAUCUAGAGUACUAAUUGUACAAACAAGCGUGUGAAUAGAUGAACCGGAAUAGCAUUGAAUUCCUUGAUAAAAAGUGGACAUCCUGUAAAUUAUUGGAUAAAAACUUGGCGUUUAAUGCAAAUUAGGCGCAGGUUUCGUCUAGAAAUAGACUUGAAUUUUGUUUGCUGCAUUUCUAUUAUCCUGACUUGUGUUCCUAUGCUCUGAUAUACCUGCAUGCAUGAUAUUCAUAUUUAUUUUUUUGAAAUAUGAUAUCGCGUCUGAUAUGUCAAAAGAUAAUGCGCAGAUUUCUAUAUCGUUUACAUUAUGAAUAUAUGAUUGUCAUUUUUAGAUCAUCUCCUUAAAUGCUACAUAUUUAACUGAAAUUCCAAAUAAA